AUGAAGUCUUCUUGCCUUUUCCAUUCGGUUAUGUUCAUCGUAGGCAUGGGAAUUACAUCCAUUGAGGCGUUAGAUUCUGAGAAGCAGAGGCCUGUUGGAAUUAGCAGUGACAUUCACUCGUCGGGCCCUGUAAUGAACACUGUCCCUGAAGCGGUAAGAGGUCCAGGGGUUGUUGCUAUGCUUGAGGAGAACUGUAAUCACUCAAGAGAGCUAGAGAGUAAGCUCAAGGAGCUUGGCGUGCCUUAUAAGCCACUCUAUGCGGAGGAUAAUCUAGAUGUCUAUAACUUUAUGUCUACACAGGGUGGAGCGCCCCUACUGUAUAAAGAUGGCAAAAAGGUCAUGGAUAUUGAAAAAUUCCUGAAAAGAUACAGGGCAAACAAUAGCAAUAAAUAA